AUGGUGAUACAUUGCGGAAAAACAUACCACUCCAGUGCUCAGGCCGAUCAUGCAGAUUGGAUCAGCGUGUUACCGGACGAGAUCCUUGUUUGCAUCCUCUCCCGGCUACCGAUCCAUGACGCCGCUACCACGAGUUGCCUCGCCACCGGAUGGAGGCACCUCUGGAAGAAUGUCCCCAAGCUCGUCCUCAACGCUCGCACCAUUGGCGUGAAUGGCAUCCAAGAAGAAGGAACCAACAGACAACUCUACGAGGCUCGAGCAACUGAGUUCAUACGGAAGGUGGAGACAAUGCUACUAACUCGUGGUGCCAGUGCCACCGGAGUUGAGGUGUUCAGUCUGUGGUUUCCCUAUCUGACCUGCGCCCAUGCCAACGAGGUGGACCGUUGGUGGACGGCGCUUGCCGAGAGCACGGCCCAGCUGAGGCUGUUCGAGCUCCGCACUGCCCGUAAGAGUCGCAGAGAAGCCAUGGGAGGAAGCCAUGUGGAACCCUACGACUUCCCAUUGCACAGAAUUGCAUCUGUGGGAUCCCAGAUGAGGAAGCUGUGUCUCAAAAACUGCGGCCUGAAGGUGGCCCCAGCAAUGGGUCCAGCAACCCCCUUUCCUUCGAUGGCGGUCGUCAAGCUGGAGUUUGUCUCGGUGACCGACAUGGAUGUAGAAAUUUUGAUUGACCUUUGCGGGGCCCUGAGAAAGCUAGUGAUCACCUGCUGCCACCAGAUCGUCCAGCUGCACGUUGUGAACGCUCGGCUCCAACACCUGGCUGUGGAGGGCUGCAAAACCCUACAGAGCAUGAGACUUCAUGCGCCGGCAUUGCUCUGGCUUGACUACUCCGGUAAGCAGAUUGCCGUGGAGUACGCACAUGUGCCGCUGCUCCACAUGCUGAAGCUCCUCUUCAUGCGAAAGAACCAGAGCCCCCUAGACUGCCUGGGCACUCUCCCUGCGCUCAAGACUCUAUUCCUGCAGUUCCCGUCACCUAUCCUGGUGUCUCCUGAACAGCUGCGGUAUGACCGAAGGUUCGCGGGUCUGCGGACCAUCAACCUUUUGCUCCUGAAUUCUUGGGGCGUUUUGGAUGAUAAGCAAUCUGCGGCUCUGCCGCUGGCGACGAAGGAGCCAAACAUCACGUGGCCUGAGGGUUGCCUGGCAAGGAGUCUGCGUCAGGUUUUCGUCACAGGUUUUGGUGGGGAGCCAGAGCUGAUGGAGCUCGCCGUGAUACUGCUGCGGACGUCACCUGGGCUGGAAAGGCUGCGCGUCCGCCUGCUGCCGCGGCGGCGGCGUGGAGACGGGUCAAGGCGCAAGCACGCGAGAGCCCUGGCGUUGGCGAAGCUGGCCCCGAGAGUGCCAUCCAGGGUGAAGUUCACUGUCUUUUGA